UCUUACCCAGAGCCCAAGCAAGGCCAGUCAUCCAGACCAGCCCCGGAGUUUGGGGUGGGGAAACAGAGUCAUUAUAGAACAUCUUCACUCCUCUAUCAAGAGAGCAGCAGUUAUCACCCAGGCCCUCCUAGAAGGGCAUCUCGAAGCACAUCUUGCUCCAAAGCCGGAUUCAGGACCCAGAGGACUAGGACUAAAAUCAAAUCUCACUGGGCUUCGUGUGCAAGAGAGACUGAAGGAAUGGACUGGCUCCUUUUCAGGAACAUGAGCUUUUUGAUCAUUCUAAUGGUGCUGCUGGAAGUAAACAGCGAAUUUAUCGUUGAGGUGAAAGAAUUUGACGUGGAAAACGGCACCACGAAAUGGCAAACGGUCAGAAGACAGAAGCGGGAGUGGAUCAAGUUUGCUGCAGCCUGUCGAGAAGGAGAAGACAACUCCAAGAGGAAUCCGAUUGCCAGAGAGCCGAUACAGAGCAGAGGGGCCUUGCGGGAUCCUAGAAGAGAGACUGGGAUCUCCAGCACAACCCGGCUUUAUCUGUUCGUUUGUGUCUGCUUAUUGUCACAUGUGUAUGUUACAGGAAGUAUCCGAUCAGACUGUGAAGUGAAUCAGAGGAUUACAUACCGCAUCUCUGGGGCAGGAAUUGAUCGACCGCCCUAUGGAGUGUUCACCAUCAAUCCUCGGACGGGAGAAAUCAACAUCACAUCAGUGGUGGACAGAGAGAUAACGCCGCUUUUCUUGAUCUAUUGUCGGGCUCUGAACUCGCGGGGUGAAGAUUUAGAAAAGCCUCUUGAGCUUAGAGUCAAAGUCAUGGACAUAAACGAUAAUCGCCCUGUCUUUACGCAAAAUGUGUACACAGCCAGCAUCGAAGAAAACAGCGAUGCCAACACACUGGUAGUAAAGUUAAGUGCCACAGAUGCAGAUGAAGACAAUCAUCUGAAUUCUAAAAUUGCCUAUAAGAUCAUCUCUCAGGAGCCAGCGGGUGCACCCAUGUUCAUCCUGAACAGGAACACCGGAGAAGUCUGCACGAUGUCCAGUUUCCUUGACAGAGAGCAACACAGCAUGUACAACCUCCUCGUGCGGGGCUCGGAUCGGGACGGAGCUACAGACGGACUGUCCUCCGAGUGCGAGUGUAGAAUCAAGGUUUUAGACGUCAACGAUAAUUUCCCCGUGUUGGAGAAAACUUUCUACACAGCAAGUAUUGAAGAGAAUUGUUUAAGUUCGGAACUGAUACGAUUCCAAGCAAUUGAUCUGGAUGAAGAAGGCACUGACAAUUGGUUGGCAAAAUAUUUAAUUCUCUCUGGAAAUGAUGGGAAUUGGUUUGAUAUUGAAACAGAUCCACGAACCAAUGAAGGGAUUUUGAAAGUCGUCCAGAUGCUGGAUUAUGAACAAAUGCCUAAUAUUUACCUUAGCAUUGGGGUUAAAAACCAAGCUGACUUUCACCACUCAGUCGCCUCUCAAUUCCAAAUGCACUCAACCCCCGUGAGGAUUCAGGUUGUUAAUGUGAGAGAAGGACCUGCAUUUCAUCCAGAUUCUAUGACCUUCAGUGUGCGAGAAGGACUAAGAGGAAAUUCCUUAUCGAAUUAUGUGCUUGGCACAUACACGGCUAUCGAUUUGGAUACAGGAAGUCCUGCAACAAAUGUCAGGUAUAUCAUAGGACAUGAUGCAGGCAACUGGUUAAAAGUGGAUUCAAGGACUGGUGAGAUACAAUUUUCUAGGGAAUUUGACAGGAAGUCAAAAUAUAUUACCAAUAGGAUAUACACAGCAGAGAUCCUGGCUAUAGAUGAUGGCUCUGGGAAAACGGCCACGGGGACCGUAUGUAUCGAAGUACCUGAUGUCAACGAUUACUGUCCGGUCAUUGUUGCAGAAAGGGAAACCAUCUGCAUUGCCUCUCCAUCCAUCCUUAUCUCUGCAACAGGCAUGGACGAUCAUCCUUACGGGUCUCCCUUUACUUUCUGUGUUGUGGAUCAACCCCCAGGGACAGCUGACAGCUGGGACAUCAGAUCAAUAAAUGCUACCUCCGCAAUCCUGACAGCUGAGCAGACUUUAUAUCCCUCAUAUUACGAAAUCCCAAUCCUGGUGAAGGACAAUUUCAACCGAGCAUGCGAAUUGCCACAGAUUCUGCAGUUACUGGCCUGCGAUUGUGACAGCAACCACAUGUGCUUGUACGCGGGUACCACGGGCAUCAGCACCGGGGACAGCAGCUCCGUUACCGGUGUGUCUGUCACUGACGACCACGUUGAGGGUUCAAAUGUUGGUCUCGGACCUACAGGGAUUGGCAUGAUCAUUCUGGGUAUCUUACUACUGCUUCUGACACCACUCUUGCUGCUCAUGUGUUGUUGCAAAAGCAAACAGCCAGAAGGGCUGGGGACAAGGUUUGCCCCUGUGCCAGAGGGUGGAGAUGGAGUGAUGCAGGCCUGGAGAAUAGAAGGGGCCCAUCCCGAGGACAGGGAUGUGUCAAAUAUAUGUGUACCAGUCACAGCUUCUAAUACCCAGGAACGUAUAGACUCCUCUGAAAUCUACACGAACACGUACGCGGGCGGAGGAACGGUGGAAGGGGGCGUAUCGGGCGUGGAACUGAACACGGGUCCCGGAGCAGCCGCUGGCCUGGUGGCCGGAGGGGCCGUGGGCACAGCGAGGAGGAGGAGUUCUACGCCGGGAGCCCAGCGGGACUACGCGGACCCCGGCCUGCACCUGGCUUUCCUGGACAGCUAUUUCUCCGAGAAAGCAUACGAUUAUGCAUAUGAAGAUGAAGGCCAGCCAGCAAACGACUGUUUGCUCAUUUAUGACCACGAGGGACUAGGGUCUCCUGUGGGCUCCAUUGGUUGCUGCAGUUGGAUUGUGGAUGAUUUAGACGAAAGCUGCAUGGAAACUUUAGAUCCAAAAUUUAGGACUCUUGCUGAAAUCUGCUUAGACAAAGAAAUUGAACCAUUUCCUUCACAGCAAGCCUGUAUACCCAUCAGUACUGACCUCCCUUUACUUGGACCUAAUUACUUUGUUAAUGAAUCUUCAGGAAUGACUCUGUCACAGGCUGAAUUCCAGGCAGAAAUGGCAACACCUGAACCCAUGAUUCACGGGGAUAUUGUAGUGACUGAGACUUACACGACUGCGGACCCAUGCGUGCAGCCCACGACAAUUGUUUUUGAUCCUCAGCUUGCACCCAAUGUUGUAGUAACAGAAACAGUAAUGGCACCUGUCUACGACGUUCAGGGGAAUAUCUGUGUACCUGCUGAGUUAGCCAGCACACACAAUGUAAUCUAUGCUGAGAGGGUGCUGUCUAGUCCUGGUCUGCCUGACACGAGCAGCAGUAGCAUGACUGAUGGUUGUGUGGGACCCGUGAUGAGUGGCAGUAUUUUGGUAGGGCCAGAAAUUCAAAUGAUGCAAAUGGUGAGUCCAGACAUUCACAUAAGCCAAACCAUUGGUUCCACAUCCCCAAUGACAUCGCGGCACAGAGUAACACGGUACAGUAACGUACAUUACUCCCAACAAUAAGUGCUUUAUGGUCAGUAUUCUUCUCUAGGGAGACCUUGUACCUUAUAAUCACCAACAUAGCCAUCAGUGGUGGAUAAUACACUAUAUUUAACAUUUUAACAAUCAGCAAACAUUUGAAUAUUCUAAAUUCAAUGCCACUCUUUGGUCAUAUCUUUUGGGGGGAUAAAUAUGGCUAAGGACUUUAGCCUUAUCAAAUUUUUUCUGAUUUUAUAUAGUUUGUCAAAAAACUUAAAGAAAAUGUGUUACAUUCUUUGAUACUGUCUAAUAAUAGCACAUAACUCAUAAGGUGACUCUUGGAAGUCUUUGGGCCUUUAGAACUGGUCAUGUAAACCAAGAUACCCUUGGUCUUGGAGGAAUGCAAAAGAAGCCUUAUCUGUAUCCACCAGCCAUAUUUAUCUUUAAAGAAGUACUUUUAUUAAAAAUUUUUGAUUGAAACAGUGAAUGAAAUGCACAUUUUUUAAGGGAAAUUGAAAAAGAAGAUAGAGCAUCUAGCAAUAGAGAGCUAUAGGCAUUUGCCUCUUCAAAUGGUUUCUCAAGAUACACAAUUAUUAGGACAUGCUUAAUAUAAUACAGGGGAAGAGUUUACUAGCUGAAUGUGUCACUGAAAAUGGUUCAUCGAAAGGAGUAUUAUACAUAUGUAUAGAAAUGCAUAUAUACAUAUCAAUAUAGAUGAAUUGUUAUUGCACUUUAUUGAUUUAUAUCAACUGUAGAUUAAUUUAGAAUAGCAAAAAAUAAAAUUAUGACAAAAUUACAAUAGGAACAGUUCUUAGGGAAAGUAUUAGAGAUUCUCCCCCUUAGAGAAAAAAAUUUCCCUACUCUUGUUAAUUAUGUCAGAAAACCAUAUGAAAUAUAUUUUAAUCAGUUUCGCUGACCAGGAUCAUAGACCUUUCCUUUGGCAACCAGACAUUCUCUAAAAGCCCUUCUUUACUUCUGCAUAUAUUCAACAAUAUUUACUUAGAAGCUACUACAUGUUGAGUGCUGGUCUUGCUUCUGUGAGUAUACAGAUGAAGGAGACUGGCUUGGUUCCUGUCUUCAUACAGCUUGUAAUUCAUUUAUAGACUUAAAACUCUGGGGGUAUGGCUUAGAGUUCCAAUCAAGAAUAAUUAACAAAAUACUCAAUUCCAUUACCAAGUUGUGUUUCUCUUUUUAACACUACUUCUUAUGUUGAAUGAGUAAAAUGGAAACACAUGCACAGAUUACUUAUUUUUAGUAGGCAUAAUGUUGGCUUGAGAAAAAGAGAUUGUACAAGGUAGUUUUAUUUAAUUCUGUAAAAUAUGUAAACUAUAUAGUAGUAAGUAUAACGGGACUAGUAAGUCAUAUAAAUGAAAUAAACUUAUUUUCAGGGCUUAUUCCUUUUGGAAGGAAAUAAUUGUGGUGCUUCUUGCUUAAUUUUGUUUUCUUGUAAGUAAAAGUAUUAUAAAAUUUGUGGCAUCUCACAAUCUCUUGCCCAAUUCUCUCAUUUUAUAGAAGAGGAAUCUAACUAGAGAGGUUAAAUGACCACAACCAGCUAGUUGUGGUACAAAACCUUGAACCCAUCACUCAGGUACCCUGGCCACCAUGCUUUUGAAUACUAGAAUUUCGUCAGACAUGAAGAAGAUCCAGUUUGAUCUGUUGCAAGGUCUUCACUAUUUCCUAAUUGGAAUAAAAAGUAUCUCUCAAGAAAAGAAAAUAGGUUUUGUGAAGUUUAAGUGCAGAAUGGUUAAAAUAUCACAAUGCCAGAAGGUUAUUUACAUGUCUUGUAGUCUUUUCCAAAUUAUAUGUAUCAUCAGUGGUUACAGCCAUUCCUUACUUUGGUUAUUCACAACCAAGAUUCUGCUACAUUUCAUUACAAUUGGAUGAAAUCCAUAGGUAGCCAAGGAGCAGUGGUGCCAUGGUCAUUUUAACACUCAGUCAACAACCAGCCAUGUAAUGUCUUAUAUGCACUCAGUCCUGAGGCAAAUCUUGAUGAGGAUAUUUCUUGAAGUUUGGAUUCCGUUAGGCUAAUGAUUCUAAGAAUUAUGAAACAAUUGGUGAAUAACGAAAUGUAAGGUGCUAAUGGGAUCAAAACUGAAAAUACUAAGAGAUUUGGAAAA